ACCCUAGCCCCGUAAACCAUCCCUCUUCCUCUUCUUCUCUCUCUCUCUCCACCCCCUCCCUCAAAACCCUAGAAAGGGUCAAAAUACUUUACCCUACGGAAUCUAUCAAACCCUAGCACACGAGAGCCAUGUUUACGGGGGGGCAAAGCUUCGUCUCCGCACCUCCGACCUUCUCCAACGACGGGAAGAAGCUCCUGGUGUGCACGGGCUUCACCGUCUCCAUCUUCAGCACCUCUACGGGUAUGCAGAUUGCGGAAUUGGAGGGCCACACCGAUCGUGUGACCUCGAUCGUCGUGGUGCCGGUCGCCGCGCCUGCGAGCAAGUUCAUGGAUUACUGCUGGACUUCGUCUUUAGAUGGGAUGAUUUGUUAUUGGGACUUCUCCGUGCCGGAGUUGAUAAAGAAGGUGAAGGUCGAACUCCCAAUAUUUUCCAUGGUGAUACCCAACAUAUCAAAUGCGUCAAUAGGGAGCGGUAAUAAGUCAUCCACUCUUUAUGCAUUUGUGUCAGUCGAAGACAAAACUAAGCCGGAUGAUCAACAUAAAGCAUUACGUGGCCAAAUUCGGAUUUACAACUUAACGAGCUCGCGUCGUGUUGGGGGGCUUUUGGCUGAGACCCGGAAUCCAGAACAUAUUAUUGUGAGUAGAUCUGGAGAAUUCAUAGGUAUAAAAAACAAGCGAAAACUUCAUGUAUGGAGGAUCCCUGAAGAUUUUAAGCCUGACGAAAUAAAGAAGAUUAAGCUACAUCAUACAAAGAAUCUGAGUGCUCUUGCCUUUCAUCCAACUGAGAGAAUGGUAGCAGGAGGUGAUGUAACAGGGCGGAUAUUGAUCUGGAGAGGUUUUGGAAUGAAAAAGUUCACAGAAACUUUGCGAGAAUCAAGAGGAAGGCCAAAGCUUGAUGAAGACAGGCCUGGGGUAAGGGGUAACGAUGAUGCAGAUUCCUGCUCAACAUGGCAUUGGCACCCAAGUGAAAUAAAAUUUCUCCUCUUUUCUUCAGACGGAGCUUAUUUGUACUCAGGUGGACAGGAGGGGGUUAUUGUGGUAUGGCAGCUUGACACUGGAAAGCGGAAGUAUAAACCACGCUUAGGAUCCCCACUAUUGUACUUUGUAGAUUCACCAGAUCCUUCUCUUUCUUGUGUAUCUUGUGCAGAUAAUCAAAUUCAUAUAUUAAAAAUGCCAACAAUGGAGAUUACAAAGUCUAUAGCCGGAAUUAAGCUCCCAUUCUCUUUUCCGGAUGUAUAUGAUGGUCUGCAUAAGGAGUUCGCAUAUGACCAAAGCAAUGGGCUAAUUGCUUUGAGAACUGAAGAUUAUUGUGUUCAGUUUUUCAGCUUGUUUGACAACUCUGAGGUUUCGCAGGUGCAAGUAUGUGAAAGGAAUUUUCAGCCAGUGGAUGAUCCCACUGUGUGUGUGGCGUUGGUUGCUCUUUCCUCUGAUGGCUUUUUGAUGUGUACUGUGGAUGUUAAGCUUCCUGAAGAAAGAUUGGGAAGUCUUGUUAGCCUAAAAUUUUGGACACGUGGCCUUCGGGUUGGUGAAUACUCCUUGUCUACUGUCAUUUAUGAGCCUCACAGUGAUGCUGGGAUCUCAGCUGUUUGCUUCCAUCCUGGUCAAAGUAUGGCAGUAAGCUCUUCUUUUGGUGGUGACUUCAAGGUGUGGGUUCAUUCUUCUGUUAGCCGGCUAAGAGAUCAAAAGCAUGAGAAAGCUGGUUGGAGAUGCCAAUCUGUUGGUUCAUACAAGAGAAAACCUAUGACAGCAGCAGCAUUUUCUGCUGAUGGAUCUGUUCUUGCUGUUGCAGCAGAGACUGUUAUUACAUUGUGGGACCCAGAUACUAAUAUUCUUGUUGCUGUGAUUGGGGAAGCUCUCUCGCCUAUCUCAAAACUUUCCUUUGUUGGGAAAUCAGAGUAUCUCGUGUCGCUCUCCCGGAGUUCAAAACCACAGGUAGCAUUGUGGAACACUUCCAACCUAUCGAUGUACUGGUCAUACAAGCUAUUUGCUGAGGCUGUAUGUUGUGCAGGAAAUGCCCCUCAAUUUGCUAUCCUAGCCCUCUCAAGUUCUCAAAAUGACAUUGCCGUGAGAGAUCAAGAAGGGAUUAUAUUGUUAUUCGAUGUAGAAAAUCCGGUUCCUCUGACCACAUGGCUGGUGAAGAAGGCAAAGGGUGGUGGGCUUGCUUUUGUAACUAAGGAUCAAUCUCUGCUAGUUAAUGGUUAUGAAGAUAAUGCGCGAGGAGAACCAUCAUUGCUGGCGUAUAUAAACAGCGAUCAUGAAUAUAUUGUCUUUGAUCCACACAACGAAGAUGGCCGAAUUGGCAAGAGUGCUCGGAGAAGUCAAGCUCCUCCCGAGGAAGCAGUACCGAUUGGAUACACUUCAAUAUACGGGGAGCUUCCAAAAAUUGAGUCGAAUAAAGGCACGGAUUGGGAUAUCCCCUUCGUCCCAUCAGAAAGACCUUGGGAGACUAUUUUCAGCGGAUCAUCUCACGUUCUUCCGCCCCUCACGAAAUUAUGUUCGACAUUUUUGGCAUCCUUACUGGAAAAGAGACCACCGAUAGCUGAUGAAUCUUAAUCUCUUGAGAUAUCUGGUCUUUGUAUAUUGCAGCUAGUGGCAACUGAAGUUAACGAGGAAUGCACAUUAUACAUUCUCAAUGCAUUUUGCCCUCCAUGUCGCAGGAUGCAGUUAGCGAAUUCGGAAAGUUUGGCGCAUCAAAAGUGUGUUUAAUACCUCAAAAUAGGCAUUUUUGGCCGGAGAAAAUUGCUUCUUUUACUGAGGAUAAUAGAGCUUCUGUAGCCAUAUUUAUUUUGCAUACUUUAGGUCUCAAAAUUUUGUAAUCCAGCUGAGCAGUUUGUAACGUAUGAUCAUCGGUAGAGUCAUAAACCACUUUGCAGCAGCUACUGAGGAAAAUUUGGCUGCAGCAUUAUCCAUUCAAACUGUUUCUUUUUAGCGUCGUAAUUUUUAAUUUAAAUUCUUAUUUAUCGUAUUC